UGCUAGCAAUCAAGCUUUGCUUUGAACUGUCAACACUGUCAAGCCAGAUACAGCUGAACAGUCAAAACAACUGUCAACAAACAACCCAUCUGUCUGCUGCUUGAUUGAACAAAGAUGGCAGAGUGGAGGGACUAUAUCAAAGCCACUCUGAAGGAGAAGUUUGUGGAGGACGUAGCCAUCGUUGGCCUGUACGACAACAAGGCCGUGUGGGCCUCCAAGCCUGGAGGUGUUCUGGCUGCCAUCUGCCCACCAGAAGUGGAGGCUCUGGUGGGCAAAGACAGAGGAAGUCUCCUGCAGGAGGGGGUCAGCGUUGGAGGUCGGAAGAUGGCAGUGAUACGAGACCAUAUGACAGGUCCUGAGACAGAGAUCCUAUUCAUUGACAUCCGGACCAAAGGCAGCGAGAGUUUGGCUCUCACGGUUGCCCUGACGACCAAGGCUCUGGUGUUUGUGAUGGGAAAACGAGGGGUGCAUGGCGGGAUAGUCAACAAGAAGGUGUGUGACAUGGCCAAGUACCUCCGCGAGAGGGGUGUGUGACAAUCUCCAUCCAUAUACUGAACCCCUAUAUCAGGAGGCAGUGGAUGGGCUUUCCUGCCUUCAAAAUAUCUUUCUUUAAAGGGCCGAUGCAGCCGUUUUAUCUCAAUAUCAAAUAAAUUAAGGGGAACAACUAAAUACCGUACUUUGAUUGAUUUCAAUUAAAAUGGCGAUGUCGAUGUCACCAGGCAGGCCAAAACUA